AUGCUCAACACAAGAGGGCCCAAACAGGUGCGGAGAAUGUUGCUGAUGAGCGUGGUAAAAUCGCAAAUAUUGUAUGCAGCCCAGAUCUGGGCACCGGCCAUGGAGGUCGAUAGUUACCGUCGCCUCAUCAGUCCGACGUAUCGACUCUGCGCUCUCAGAGUAUGUAGUGCCUUUAGGACUUUGAAGGAGGAUGUAGCACUAGUAGUCGCCGGCAUGGUGCCCAUCGAAGACCGAUGGGACGCUGCACCAAACGGCAGAUGGACGCAUCGCCUCAUCCCCAAUAUUGAGGCUUGGGACGGUAGAAAGCACGGGCAGGUGAAUUUCUACCUCACGCAGGUGCUGAGCGGACACGGCUGCUUCCGCCAAUACUUAAAUAGGUUCGGCCACGACCACUUCUCAACGUGUCCUGCGUGUCCUGAAGGAGUAAUCGAGGACGCCCACCACGUUGUAUUUGGUUGCGGCCGCUUCAGUGCGGAUAGACAGCGGGCCGAGCGGGCGAUCGGCCAGUCCCUAUCGGUGGCCAGCUUGGUACCCAGCAUGCUGGAGAGCAAGGAGAACUGGGCGGCGGUGAGCACCUACUUCGGAGCCAUCAUGCGCGAGCUUGGGAGACUGGAGCGAGAAAGAGUCGGUUCAACAUAG